AUGUUGUAUUUUCUGCUAGCCUUGAAGACGGGAAAAGUGGUCCUAUACAAAAGUCAGGAGUCCGACGAUACCAUCGAACUCGACAUCGACAACUGGGUCCUCGCCUUCGAUGUGGUGAUCAACCAGAAGAAGAUUUCGAAGGACUCGGACGAGUACAAAAAGUUCAAAGAGCGUGCAGGGCUUCCCGAGUCGAACUUUUCUCUCGCGCAGCUUUUCAUUGACUCCUCGUCUAGCACCAAGUUCAACGAAGACAUCUCGACUCUCGGUAAAAACAAGUUGAACGACCUAAGUGGCGAUUCGCGGGCUAGCUUGCUUACUUUCAUCGAUCACUGGGUCAAGGGAAUGUCGGAAAAUGGCAAGAGUGUUCUAGGAUACUCGGCCCAGCGCGAGGAAAGCAAAAGCGCCGAUGAGCUCAACCCGUACGCACCCUCGUUCCCUCCAACCAGCAUCGAUUACUUCUGUUAUCCAUGGCGCGGAGUGGAUGGCCAGGGAUCCAACAAGGAUUAUCAGGACGACAACGCCUUGUCAUACCUGUUGAUGUCAAACUUCAAGAAUCCCCCGGCCGAGGGUGCCAUGGGCUACACCGGUCCGUGGGUCGAUGGCGCAGGCGAUCGAGGGGCCUCGUUCUGCAUGAGCCGAACUUUGUUCUGGGAAUGGAUGCUGCCCCUCGCCAGACAGGUGGUUGUGGCCAUGACUCCGGUGCCGGACACGCCGUACCUCGAGUGGAAGGGAACACCGUCCGACGCGCCCUAUGGCUUUUGGACCAGGUAUCAUAUCGGCGACGCCGGGGCGUCAAACAGCAGUUACAAAUGGGUUUCGAAUGCGUACGGCGGCUGGUCCACGAGCACCGAGGAUAAGUCCACGGCGAAGAAAGUCAAUAAACCCGAUAGUGGGAGUGAUUGGAUGAAUGCGGCACAGUAUGUCACCAAUAUCCAGGCCAGUGUCGCGUUCACGGCCGGAAAAGAAAGCCUCACUGUGAAAGGAGGCAAUGACUUCAAAUAUGACCUCAAUCAUCACAGAUCCUCGGGGAGUCCUACCGAGUUCUGGGUGACUGUACACACCGCAUGGGAACUAGAAAUCGACAUGGCCUCUAUUGAAGAGGGCGGACUUGUCUUCCGCUUUAAGGAAAGCAAUGACCACGUGAAGGUUACGUACGACGAGGGUGGGGGUAUGCACUUGACAGACACCGCGCAAAAUAUCGCCGACGAGAUGGCAGACGGCCUCAAGAAAAGCAUGAAUUCUGCACUAGAUGAUGUCAGUCGUGUCUUGGCCGAGGCGAUGGCUAACGCAAACCGCCUCUGCCUCCCGGCCGCCGGUACCUUCUUCAUGAAGGAUCCUCUCUUCAACCAGGGUGGCGAUCUGCUGGUUAAGCUGGCAUAUGAUGGGGCGGAUCCCCCCCCACCCCCAUCCAAAGGAAAAUACAGAUUCCGUCCCCCGACGUUGAACAGUUCGGUGCGUCGUGCAGAUACUCAAGGUAGUGGCAAUGCAUGA